AUGGGGAAUGACUCGGCGACGCGCACGUCAUUGCCACUGUCGCUCGUGCUGCUUCUGUUGUUCAGCCUGGCAGACGGUUCAGAUGGUGGACUCAGCCAGCUGCACGUGAUAGGCGCCGGAAUGCCUCGAACGGGCACCACCAGCUUGCGUGCAGCGCUGCGCAAACUUGGGUUCCGGGCUUUCCACAUGCAGGACAUCAUGGCAUCCAGCCGGCAUUCAAGGGCAUGGCUAGAUUUUGUCACGGAUCAAAGCAGCUUUGAUGACCUGAUAGAGCACAUCCUCAGAUCUGACUUCAACGCGACGGUCGAUGCUCCGUUCAACCAUUUCGUAGAUCAACUGGUGAAGCGGUUUCCGCUUGCAAAAGUGAUCCUCACUGUUCGAGACAGUAAAGACUGGGCCCAAAGCAUGGCCAAGUUCAAUUUCUUCAUGGAGGCCACGCGGCAGCGUCCCUUCAAUUGGGUUGAGCCCUUCCGCUCUCUCGAGCUGCUGGCACAGCGACUGCCGAGGAAAAUCAAGAUGAAACCGCGGGUCAUCAGGCACAUCUGGGAGUUCGAAGACGAGUAUCUCGCUCGUGUGCAAGCUGACUGGAUGCAGCAAGUGCAGGAGGUCGUACCAUCUGAGAAGCUGUUGGUUUUCAAUGUGUCCGAUGGAUGGGGGCCGCUUUGCAAGUUCCUCGACAUGCCUGUGCCACCCGGCGAGUUCCCGAACCUCAAUCAGGGCACCAAGGUGCAAGUUUGGGGCUACUUGCUGCACUUCGUUUGCUGGACCUGGCCAGCGUAUCCCGUGCUCUUGUUCCGCCAUGCAGUCAAAUGCAUGUGCCGUUCCUGCCAGCGCAAAGGGCACAAGCAGUCUUAA